UCAAUAAAUCCCUUUGGUUCUUGACCACGUAGAAGCGGUCGCCUCUAUAUUACACUCAUUCAUGUUUUUCAGUGUCUAUAGAUUAACCAGUCGCCACUAGUGGUGUGGUUUAUGCUAUUUUAUAGCAAUAUCAGUUUGCGAUAGGGCUCGCUCCGUAUCUCUGCCCUAUUUCGUAAUUUGUUUUGCACCGUUAUUAAAUUUAAUAGGGUGAUAUAUCCCUUCAACAUCUUUGAAACAGCUUUCUCCUUAGUUUAAAAAAUUGUUGCCGGUGAUCUCCCUGGUGCAGCCGAAGACUAGUCUUCAGGAUGUCUUGGUGCACUAUCGAGUCGGAUCCUGGCGUGUUCACAGAACUUAUUCAACAUAUGCAAGUCAAAGGAGUUCAGGUUGAAGAGCUAUAUUCACUAGACUUGGAAUCCCUAAGCAAUCUUCAGCCCAUUUAUGGCUUAGUAUUCCUUUUCAAGUGGAGGCCAGGAGAGAAAGAUGAUCGACCAGUACUGGAAGAUUAUAGCCCAAAUUUGUUCUUUGCAAGCCAGGUGAUCAACAAUGCUUGUGCAACUCAGGCAAUUCUUUCGAUUCUCAUGAAUUGUGCAGAUAUUGAUAUUGGCCCAGAACUGUCAAACUUAAAGGAUUUUACCAAAAAUUUUCCACCUGAGCUCAAAGGACUUGCUAUCAACAAUAGUGAAGCUAUUCGAACUGCUCACAACAGCUUUGCUAGACCAGAACCCUUUGUUUCUGAUGAACAGAAACUUGCUGAUAAAGAUGAUGAUGUAUAUCAUUUCAUAAGCUAUAUACCUGUUGAUAACAUAUUAUAUGAGUUGGACGGGUUGAAGGAAGGGCCCAUCAGUCUUGGACAGUUCAAUGGAGCACGAGACAGCUUAGAAUGGUUGAAGAUGGUUCAACCAGUAAUUCAAGAACGCAUUGAAAAAUAUUCCAAAAAUGAAAUAAGAUUCAACCUCAUGGCAAUCAUAAAAAAUAGAAAAGAUAUAUAUACUGCAGAACUUAAUGAUCUUCAGAGUAGGAAAGAUCAGAUUAUACAGCAGCUGGCAGCCACAAAGUGCAAUGGAGAAGACAGGAUGGAUGUAGAUUCUGGGCAAGGAAGACAUAGUGCUACCAUUGAAGUGCUUGACAGGUCUCUCGUAGAAAUAGAGUCAGACAUUGAUAUUGUCAAGGAGAAGAUAUUGUUUGAGGAAGAAAAGUUCAAGAAAUGGAGGACUGAGAAUAUUCGUAGGAAGCAUAAUUACAUACCGUUCUUGUUCAAUUUUCUCAGAAUGUUGGCUGAAAGAAACAAACUCAAACCUCUGAUUGAAAAGGCGAGACAAAAGACAUGAAUGAUCUUUGUGUAAAGAUAAUUUGCAAGUGAGACAUCAAAUAAUAUGCAGAGGGAGUUAGGGUAUUUGUUUUUAUUACAUCAAAUGUAAGGAAGCUUGACAUCCUUUCCUAGCUAAUUUUGGUUACAGUCAGUCAGAUGCUCCCUUUGAGUGUGAAUGUCUGCUAGUGCUUUUAAAUUUAUCAUUGGGAUCUUUUUAUUCUCUCUUUAAUAGAGAGCAAAUUGAUCGUUUGUAGGCUUAGAUAAGUCUAUGAGUUGUGACCAUAUGGAUCUUCAAUGAUGGUCAUAUUCCAUCUCACAUUGAAGGUGUCUACCAGUUUUGUUGGUUGUUAUCUUUCUAGUAUUAAAGUGGUGUUGUAUUGCAUGAUAACCUUUUUGGGAUGAUAAAUAAAUUUUUCUUUAUGUUUUGGGUA